AUGUUGAGGGGCAUCGCCGCCGGCAUGAAAUACUUGGCCAACAUGAAUUACGUCCACCGGGAUCUGGCCGCCCGGAACAUUUUGGUGAACAGCAACCUGGUGUGCAAAGUGUCCGAUUUUGGGCUCUCGAGGGUGUUGGAAGAUGACCCUGAAGCCACCUACACCACCAGCGUGAUGAAGGCCAUCAACGAGGGCUUCCGCCUCCCCGCCCCCCUGGAUUGUCCCUCCGCCAUCUACCAGCUGAUGAUGCAAUGCUGGCAGCAGGAGCGCGGCCGGCGCCCCAAGUUCGCCGAUAUCGUCAGCAUCCUCGACAAGCUCAUCCGCGCCCCCGAGUCCCUCAAGGCGUUGGCGGACUUCGNNNGCAGGGUCUCCAUCCGCCUGCCCAGCAGCAGCGGCUCGGAGGGCGUCCCCUUCCGCUCGGUCCCCGAGUGGCUGGAGUCCAUCCGCAUGCCCCAGUACACCGAGCACUUCAUGGCCUCGGGCUACAGCACCAUCGAGAAGGUCCUGCAGAUGACCAGCGACGACAUCAAGAAAAUCGGGGUGCGCUUGCCGGGGCACCAGAAGCGCAUCGCCUACAGCCUGCUGGGGCUGCAGGAGCAGGUCGGCUCCGGGGGGGUCCCUAUUUAG